AGACACUCGAUAGAAGAAUACGACCAUGAGGACUCUUGUACGCAGGCUGACUGCAUACGACUGGAUCGAGAAUCGUUUUAUGGAGCAAUGCAUCUACUGGAAAGAAGAUGGAUUUUUCUUCAGAUCCGUCUAUCAUUCUCCUGGUAUCGUUGACCUCGACACCCUACCCAAGCCAGAUCCCAUCCCCAUGGAAGAUAUUCGGGCUUUAUGGCAUGAGGGCCUCACGGUGGCCCCAAGCCCGUUGCCACAGCCGUCCUACGUAAAGGUCCCCGACAUCACGACUUGGGAGGUCGACGCCGGCGAGUGGACCGUUGGAAAGAGGUUCUCAGCCGAAGUCGAGAUUCUUGAAACAUUGAGAAAGCACCCUCACCCAAAUUUAUGUGCAUACCUUGGAUGCAGCCGCGAUGGCGAUUACAUCGAAGCCAUCUACUUCCAGCGCUACUUACGUACGCUGGAGGAGGCAGUUGAAAUGCAGGAGGAUUUAGAUCGCGAAUCCAUCAUCGCUGGGAUCACAGCUGGCAUCGAACACUUGCACUCUUUGGGGCUAGUCCACUGUGAUAUCAAACCGCAGAACAUCAUGCUGGAUGACAAGAAUGUUCCUGUUGUCAUCGACUUCGGUUCGUGCGAGCGGGAGGGGCAGAUUAUGGUGAGGGGAGGUGCCACUCCCGGUUGGGCGAAGUCCUCGUGGAUGUACGGUCCUGGCGCUAUUCGCGUGGCAUUUAAGGAGAGAGACCUUUAUGCGAUCGGACUCGUCGAGAAGUACCUGAGGGGAGAAUGGUCGAUGGAAGAGAUCAACAAUGAGGAACCCGAAUACUUGGAAAGUGCAAACGUUAGCCUUGGAUUAGAUUCGACAGAGAAUGAGGUUGGCCACUUGAGCGAAGCGAGGUAGCAGCCGAGUACAACACAGGGAUAUCAAACAGUCUACGAAUCGUAUGCUCUAUGACUAGUUAGUGGUGAUGUGUUCCUGUAAACAUUGCACUACACCACUGUAUAUCAUUUAUGGCGUAUAAGCAAC